AUGUCCGAUCCGUUGCUCGAUCCUAGACUUUUUGCGAGCGCGUCUUCGGCGCCAUCUUCACGGCCUCAGUACGCGUCUGCACCGCAGCAGCAGCAGAACACCGGCCACCCAUACUACCUGCCAUCUCCGACCGCUCAACACCAUGCCCAGCUGUCGCAGCCUGCCCCACUAGGGAACAUACUCGAUCCCGCCCUUGAGCAGACAUCGCCGACCGCACCAGGAACAGAGCACGAUGACGACGACCACGACGACCACGACGACGCGCAUGAACACGACACACCUGGUUCUGGCAAAUCUCCUGCCGACCUCAAGCGCCCACGAGCAUGCGAUUCAUGUCGAGGACUGAAGGUCCGCUGCGACCAAGAGCGACCUGAUGUAUCAUGCAGACGUUGCGCAAAAGCAGGCCGACCUUGCAUCACAACACCGCCGACACGGAAGCGCCAGAAGAAGGCCGACAGUAGAGUCGCCGAGCUCGAACGCAAGAUCGAUGCAUUGACAGCCACACUACACGCGCAGAAGUCGGGAGUGCCGGGAGUACCGGAAAUGAGGCACCAUGGAGGUAUACCACAACCCGGCGCCGGCGCCAACGCGAUACCCAUGCCGGUUGAGGGUCAAUAUCGUAUGGGAACAGUCGAACACGACUGGGCGCAGCCGCCAACGGCCAGAUACCCAGACAUACCAGCCGGCUAUGGUCCGGCACAGAGCUUGCAGAGAGGGCCCGAGCCAAAGCGUAGGAAGAUGGACAAUGCGCACGCUACGAUCCCCGAGGAUAUGGAUGCUAUUCAUCGCGAUCUAGCAGAGCACCCGGAAAUGCGACGGACGAGCAAGAACAAGAUCCACGCCGACCAUUCACACAUCAGUGCUUUGAUCGACAACCUCAUGACACCGGAUAUCGCGGAGCGGGUUUUCCUUCGUUACGUGAACGAGAUUUGUCCACAUUUCCCUGCCGUACCCUUCCCUCCUGGUACGACAGCGCGUGAAGUCCGAGAGAAGAAACCGCUUCUUUUCCUCGCUGUCCUGGCUGGAUCUUCGCAUGGGAGUGCAGAACAACUGGUCUCGCAAGAGGCGCAACGCGAGUUGACCAAGCUCCUUAAAGAUCAGCUUGCCGACAUCAUUUGGCGCAACGGAGAAAAGUCGCUCGAAAUUGUUCAGGCAUUACACAUAUCUGUGCUUUGGUAUCGGCCGCCUCUUCAUUUUGAACAGCACAACUUCUACAUGAUGGUCAAUUGCGCUGCCGUAAUGGCUCUUGACCUAGGUCUCGGAAGGAAGGCAACUCCAAAUGUCAUGAGACUUUCGGUUGGUCCGUUCAAGAGGUACCAUCCCAACUCUAGCAGUGUCGAAGCCCGUCGGACUUUCCUUGUGUGUUACUAUCUCUGCAUGAGUAUCACAAUGGUUCUGCGACGACCAAUUCUGCUCCGCUGGACUAACUACAUGGCGGAGAGUGUUCGCAUACUGGAGACCUCGCCAGAGGCAUUGCCUUCAGACAGACUGCUUUGCCAGCAGGUCAAGAUGGCGCACAUUGGAGAAAAGAUCUCAGUGGAGUUCUGCAUGGAUGACCCUUCAGUCGAGGUUACCAUUUCCGAUCCAAAAGUCAUAUACGCCCUGAAGAUUUUUGAGAACGAGCUCAGCUCACUCAGGGAGGAGAAUUCCUCUCUGGGUGAAAUUGAUCGUGUACGAGCCAUUUACGCUAUUGUUUGCCUCAUGAAGAUGUGGGUAUCAGUCACUAGCUCCGGCGAAGUGGGUAGUAUCAUCUGCCAGGAAGAUCUCAAGAUCGAGGCCUAUACCGAACAACUAGUCUCCAUGUUCAAUGCCAUUGUCUCCCGCGAUGCUCAAUCGCCCCAUGGAAAGUUCUACUUCGUUGCAAAGCGCCUUCAAGAACGGUUCGCUCACAUCAAAGAGGGUGCUGCUGGCGAGCAACAAACGGAUCCCGAAUACGACUCCACCCGAAACAACAGUCAAACUUCCCGACCCUCCACGCGCCAAUCACCUGCAAACCAAACUCCGCUUCACCUUCUCUCGGAAGUCGCAAUGGGUAGCAGCAACAAUGUCGCUUCUCAGCAACAGCAGCAGCAGCAGACGCAAGCGCAGGCACAGGCGCAAUCUCGUUCUCAACAACAAGCUCAGGCCGCUUUACAGGCCCACGCGCAGCAUUCUCAGCAAGCCAUGCCAAACUGGUAUCCUAACAUGAACGCACAGCCUACUCCAGAUAUGAUGGGUCUUGGUGCACAACAACCAUUCGACAUCAACUUCGAUUUCACCCAAUUCGAUCUAGGCACAGGCUCGGACGCAGAUCUGUCAGCACUGUUCAUCCCGGACUCAAUGGCAAUGUGGGGUUACCCUGCCGAUCCCAACAUGCAGGGUGGUUACAAUGGAUACUGA